UCGGCAUCUGUGGAAUUGAACACAAAUCGUAAACAGGUUCUUGCACGGAUGGGAGGUUUGCUGAGGGGGUUGUAAUCUUCCCGCGAGUCCCCUGUGGCCUUUCCGGCGGAAUAUUUUGGUCGUUUUUGGGAAAUGCAGCUCAGUUGAGCAGCGAAAGUAGUGCAGAGAGGGUUUGUCGCGCGCCGCAUCACAGCCCGUGUGUUUAUCUCCCACCGUGUGCAUGUUGGAGUGGCAGAGUGCGUGCGGCAGUGCAAUGGCCUCGGACUUCCAGGAUGGGGGCACGCACGUAGCGGGAGUACCCGCGCUGGAUGUCGACCCUACGGACUCCCGUAAGAGACCGUUGGAGGGAGCAGUUGAGAUGGGAAACUCGAAGCGAUCGAACUUCGGUGGGGAAGGAGGGCCCGAGGACGGGCAGCUCCUUCUCAAGGUGCUGAUCCCCAGUUACGCCGCCGGCUCUAUCAUCGGAAAGGGUGGUCAGACCAUCGUGCAGCUACAGAAAGAGACGGGAGCGACGAUAAAGCUCUCCAAAUCCAAUGAUUUCUACCCAGGAACGACAGAGAGGAUAGUUGUGAUUACUGGCAGUGAGGAUUCACUGAAAAGUGUCCACAAGUUCCUCAUGGAGAAAAUCAGCCAAGCACCACAGCCCCCUGCCAAGUCACCCAGUGAACAAAAUGCCAACAACAACCGUGCCAAACAGGUGAAAAUUGUAGUUCCCAACAGUACGGCGGGAUUGAUCAUAGGAAAAGGUGGAGCUACCAUCAAGUUCAUAAUGGAGCAGACGGGGUCGCGUGUUCAGAUCUCACAGAAAGCCACCAAUGGCAUCAAUCUUCCAGAGCGGGUAAUCACCAUCACAGGCGAACCGGAGCAGAAUGACAAAGCAUGUGCUUUCAUUGUUAACAAAAUUGUGGAGGAUCCACAGAGUGGAAGCUGUCCGAAUAUCAGCUAUGCCACAUACACUGGACCUGUAGCCAAUGCGAACCCCACUGGUUCUCCUUAUGCUAGUCCCAUGUCACCACUACAAAACGGCAGUGCUUCUCCCACUGCCCUGGCAGCACAGAGCCUGUCCAAUCUUGGGUUUAGCUUAGGAGCUGCAGGUUUGGGGCCUGUGGGUCAGGCGGAUGCAGCAGCUGCGCACAUCACAGCUGCGCUCAACACACUAGCUACUUACGGCUAUUCCAACAUUACAGGUGGAUUGGGGGUGAGUUUGGGAGGGGGGGCGGCAACACUCCCUACGGCAGUCGGCGUCACGAACGGGGCCAGCCCGCCAGCAACGUUACUGACAAACUACAGUAGUAAUGGCACGGCCACCAAUGGUGUGAGAGAGAGCUCAGGUUUUAACGGCACCUCCAGUGCGGCCAAUGGGUAUAACAUAGGCGCUCUGGGUAACGCCAAUGCUGCCGCCUUUGGGGCUGGUUCCUUGGGUGCCCUGGGAGCGUUCAGUGGAGCUGCAGGCUUGUUGGGGUUGGCCAACACUGAGAAACUUUUGGAUGGGUCCAAAAAUGUGGUAGAGUUAGAAGUACCCGAAAACUUGGUGGGAGCCAUUUUGGGGAAGGGAGGCAAAACGCUAGUGGAGUUCCAGGAGUACAGUGGGGCUCGCAUCCAGAUUUCCAAGAAAGGGGAGUUCACCCCUGGCACAAACAACAGAAAAGUGACUAUAACAGGAACCCCUGCUGCCACCCAGACUGCACAGUACCUGGUCAGAGCACGGAUUGCACAAGAGGAAGCCAUGAGAGCCAAGAAGCAGCAGCAGAAGUAGCAGGCACCAAGACUCAAAAGACGUAAGUGAAGUCAUUCUGUCUCAGACCAUUUCCUUCCUUCUUGAGUUCCAGCAUCUCACAGUGCUUCCCAAGAACUUUGACUGGACUCAUCAGUAUUAUGUGUACCCAUUGCCAUAAUGCUCUCUAUUCAUGUGGAAAGCCACAGGACCAUGUCUGUACCACUGAGUCCAAGGCAACGUACCCAUGACAUGGUAUCAUCUGCCUACAACAUCCAUUGAACUGUGGAGCACCCCCAUGCAAAGGUAAUGGGCACUGACUGGUCAAGCUUCUUUAGUCUAGAGCUGGCUCCAAAAUAAUUCAUCCCAUGCCAUCUUCAAGACAUGUGCAAAUGGAUUGACAAGUUGUCAGGUUCUCCCGUGGGGUGGCAGGCAGAUGCUGUACCUUGACUCGUGCCAUGUGACUCAUGCCAUAUAGUGACAACCUCUUGCCAAACUCUCUCUGUCCUAGCUCUUCCAGCAAUACCCAGUGGGUGUUAUAAUCUUUCUAUGUGCCAGUCGAUACCUUCCUAUCCAUGAAGUACAUUUGCUGUUAUAACACCUCCAAACAUGUAGUCUCUUACCAUGCCGACUACAGCUUCGAUAGAUCUACAAUACAGUGGUUUUCAUCCACUUGUCAACUACGUAAAUAAGAGAAUGUAGAGUAAAUGUUGUAUUUUCCACUCUUCCUACAUAGUGGUUCCUAAAACAGAGACGCUGAUUAUUUUUAAUUUGUUUAUAUGGGAGGCUUUGUAUUUCUCUUUGAUACAAAAGCUGAAUUUUAAAUGAUUUGCUAUGAUUGUAAAGAGAAAGUCAUAUUAAAAUUAUUUUGAAGUACAACAUUGAAGGAUUCAACUUUUACUUUUGUUAUUUUGUUUUUACUCCGCAUUGUAUUUACACAUAUAUAGAUAUUGUAUGAAUUGCUCGAUUGUAGUUUGCUACUUGUAUAAUUAUUAGAUAUAUGUAGAUAGUAGUGCUUGCAGUGGUAGAUGCAGGAUUGUGCAAUAUUGUGUAAAACCAAGUCCAUGUCACAGUGGAAGGUGGGUUGUUGUGUAUUGCUGUAGCUACCACAACUAGUGUACCAUACACAUGAUGUUAACAAGCAUUGUCAUUUCACACCAUCCUCAUACAUAAACCAUAGUCA